ACAACCGAAGAAAACGAAAAUGCUGCCCAGAAGACGAACGCUGUUAAAUUCCAGCGAUAAACGCAAGAAGGAAUCGUUGGAAAACGUAGAUAUGGCCCGAGGUCGCCUGAAGGGAGCCCUGAAGACGGCCCACCACUCAACGGACGAAUCUACCGAAGAAAUGGACGAUAGUGCAGAUUCUGCGCGGGAAACCACGAAACGCAGACGAGAGCAAAAGGCUCCAGCGGUUCCUCAGCCGUACAUUAUGAAGUUUUUCGAUCGGCACAUUGAUCUGAGCCGAUUUAAAGAAACAUCUUCACUGUACGCGAUGUGCCGUGCAUGGUACAAGAACAAUCCGACCGUUCGCGGACAAGAGACCGCAGCAGACUCUUCGAAAGUGAUGGUGUUCAAGCGAGAAUACAACCCGGAAAUAGUGGAAAAGUUCCUGAAGGGUCUGGUGAAUGAGAUUCGCGAAAUGCCUCUCCCGGAAAGUGCGGGUGACAUGGAACCGUACGACCAGCAAACCGUUCAACCCGCUACCGAGUUCAAAAUUAAUACGGGAACAAUGGGGAAGGAAGAGUUGCUGGAGGAACAUCUGAUAAAAUGGAAGCAUCUGCGUAAGUCCUGGAUCGCGCAUCGUAAGCAAUAUAAGGAACGUCGCUACGAGACGAGCUUCAGGCUGCUCGAUGCCCUAGCCGCCAAGUCUCGGACCUGAGCAAACUUUUGGUUCAAUAGGGAUAUCCUUCUGUAUGAACGUUCUUAUGUCUUCUAAUAAAAAUUAAUGAAUCCCAA